AUGUCGACGUCAAUAUUGAUUAGGCUGGACGAGACUGCCAAUGCAGGAAAUGUCGCCGUGUCCACCGUCUCGGUCGCGGCUUUCUGCUUGCUUUGGGUUUAUGUCGCCAACCGUGUCAGUCGACAUGACCCGGCAAGGAAGACGUUCGCUGUCUGGAUGCAAAUACUCUUGCCACUUCAGGUAGUACUUGCUGUUUUAUAUCUAAGCGAAUCAGCAACCAAAGUCCAGGACGGCUAUCUUCCGAGGCCCGAACCCAACCGGGACCAUCCUUGGCGGUCGUGGGGCUACAGCAACAGCAGGUACUAUCAGACAGAUAGACCCCAGCUGGCCGUAAAGCUGGCAAGAAUCUCGGGCCUCGUGAACCUCUUUUCCCGGCUGGCCGACGCCAUCAUACUCAUCAUCUUCUUCGAGCUGGGCCACGGCUUCAUGUACGCGCGCCUCAGAACCGCCACCGUCUACCGCUCCGUGCUGCGAUCCUUGUCGGUCGCCAUCGCUCUGGUAGCGGCGGUCACGGCCCUGGUCUCCGCCGGCGUCUACUUUGCAAACGUGGAAUCUUGGCUCGAAGAAAUGAACGAGUAUCCUGAGUACUGGAGGUUGAACAACUUUAGCACCUACGCCAACGCCACCGUGGCCGCCGACGUGCUGCGCUGGGCCGCGACGCUGCCGGCCAUCGCUUAUGCCGCACAUGUCGUACGCGUGUGGAUGGGCCAGAGUAUCCGACUCACCACUGCACGGUAUCUUUUGGCCACCGUCAUAAUGUUCCUGCGUUGCUUCACGUUUAUCGGAUUCGAAGGGACGCUCGGUCCUGAUCUGAGUCCUGCCAGCCCGGAGGCGGCGCAGGGAACCUUUAGGGGUUCUUCCGACUGGGCGUCGAUCAAGUACGCGGCUAACGUCUUGAGUUGGGUUUUCUUUGUCAUUGUCACCGGGAUUCUUGUCAAUAUUGGAGGCAAGAAGAAGGACGGACUGUGGACGACAAAACAACCAUUCCAUGUCGACUUUUCUCCUAUUCCCCAUCCUGUUGUCGGCAAUUCUGGGAGACCGUCCACUGCAUUGAUGAGCCAAACAAAUGCCACUGAUGACGAGAGGACAAUAAUAUCAGACGGGUCGAGGGAUAGCAAUGCCACGAGGUACGACGGGGGAUCAAGAGUGUAA